CAUCUCUCAACGAGCUCUCUCUCUCUCUCUAGACAUGGCUUCCACUGCCCUCCUUUCUCUCUCUACAAUGCUCAUUGUUUCUCUAGUUACCAAGUUCAUAUUCCCCAUGUCCCCAAUUGCUCUUGGUGUCACCAUCUUCCUUGCUCCUCUUCUUACUUACAUCAUCUCUUCCAUGGCCUUCUCCUCCAAGCUUCCUCCUGGCCCUCUCUCCCUUCCCAUCUUUGGCAAUUGGCUCCAAGUUGGCAACGACCUCAACCAUCGCCUUCUCGCUUCCUUGUGCAACACAUUCGGCUCCAUAUUCCUCUUGAAGCUGGGCUCCAAGAACCUCGUUGUCGUGUCGGAUGCCGAGCUUGCUAGCCAAGUUCUCCACGCUCAGGGCGUUGAGUUUGGCUCUCGUCCUCGAAACGUCGUGUUCGAUAUCUUCACUGGAAAUGGUCAGGAUAUGGUGUUUACUGUUUAUGGUGACCAUUGGCGUAAGAUGCGUAGAAUCAUGACGUUGCCGUUCUUCACGAACAAGGUGGUGCAUAACUAUAGUGGCAUGUGGGAGGAUGAGAUGGACUCUGUGGUUCGUGAUUUAAGGAGUAACAAGAAGUUUCAAUCCGAGGGGAUAGUUAUUAGAAAGCGUUUGCAGUUGAUGUUGUACAAUAUCAUGUAUAGAAUGAUGUUUGAUGCGAAGUUUGAAUCCCAAGACGAUCCUUUGUUCAUUGAAGCGACUCGAUUCAACUCGGAAAGGAGUCGGUUGGCGCAGAGCUUUGAGUACAACUAUGGAGAUUUCAUUCCUUUGCUUAGACCCUUCUUGCGAGGCUAUUUGAACAAGUGCAGGGAUUUGCAGGGUAGGAGGUUGGACUUUUUCAACAAGAACUACGUCGAGAAGCGAAGGAAGAUAAUGGCUGCCAAUGGAGAUAAGCACAAGAUAAGUUGUGCGAUGGAUCAUAUCAUAGACGCUCAGUUGAAAGGUGAGAUAAGUGAAGAGAACGUGAUUUACAUCGUAGAGAACAUCAACGUGGCAGCGAUAGAAACGACAUUGUGGUCGAUGGAAUGGGCAAUAGCGGAGUUGGUGAAUCAUCCAGACAUCCAACACAAGAUUCGGGAGGAGCUAAAGAAUGUCCUAAAGGGAAAGGAAGUGAGUGAAUCGAAGCUUCAUGAGCUGCCAUACUUGCAAGCAACGGUGAAAGAGACGCUGAGGUUGCACACUCCAAUACCGUUGUUGGUGCCACAUAUGAACUUGGAAGAAGCAAAGCUGGGAGGGUACACCAUCCCAAAGGAGUCGAAGGUGGUGGUGAAUGCAUGGUGGCUGGCAAACAACCCGGAGUGGUGGAAGAAUCCAGAAGAGUUCAGGCCAGAGAGGUUCUUUGAGGAAGAAAGUGGGACGGAAGCUGUUGCUGCAGGGAAGGUGGAUUAUCGGUUCUUACCAUUUGGAGUUGGAAGGAGGAGUUGCCCUGGAAUUGUGUUGGCAAUGCCAAUCUUAGGGCUCAUCCUUGCCAAAUUGGUAUCAAACUUUGAAAUGAAGCCUCCAAGUGGGAUGGAGAAGGUCGAUGUGACCGAGAAAGGAGGUCAAUUCAGUUUGCACAUUGCCAACCACUCCACGGUUGUGUUUAACCCCAUAAUUGCUUAAUUUUUGUCUUCUUGGAUUUCAUUUCAUAAGUUUUUAAUCUCAUGUUGAAAUAAAAAUGAAACUAAAUACAAUUUUAUUCUUAUUAAAAUAG